CUUCAGUUUCUCGAGACGAUCGGACGACGCACGACGCAUUCCGCACUUUGGCUAUUUUCGUGAUUAAUUUCGAAGAGCGGAGACGUGUUAUAAUUGAACGCAUGUUCAAUCUGUAACGUGAGUGCCAUAUUAUCAGUUCAAAUCUGCGAAGAUAUUCUACAACUUCCGGCUGACAGUAGAAAAAGCCUUUGUGUGUCCCUCCAAAACUAGUUCAAGUGCAGUGUUUGUGUAGCCCAGUGACCUAAAAAACGUUUAAUUUUGUAUCCAUGUGGAGGAAAAGCGCUAAAAACUGACCGAACAAAAACAUAUGCUAACAAAAAGUGCAGUGGGCGCAGUUUUAGAGAUACUGGAAGUGGCGACAAACGCAGUUUUACAGCCACUCUGGUGUAUUUGCAAUCAACGAAAAUGAGUCAGUCUUGUAUCCCAGUGAGCGCAAAGAUGUCGAAGGCAAAGAAGGUUUUGGAUGAAGCCCGAGAAACUCACAAUCCUGAGUUGGACCUGGUCGACAAGGGCCUGUCGUCCUUCGAGGAGCUGCCCGGACUGUUCAACAUGUCCAACAUCACGCGCCUGACCCUGUCGCUUAACAAGAUCAGCGUGAUCAGUCCGGGAAUCGCGAACCUACUGAAUCUGGAGAUCCUGAAUCUCUCGAACAACCAGCUGACCGAACUGCCCGUGUCGCUGUCGUCCAUGCCAAAGCUGCGCAUCCUGAAUGUGUCCAUCAAUCGGCUGGGUAAUCUUCCUCGGGGCUUUGGAGCCUUUCCGGUGCUGGAAGUGCUGGACCUGUCAUACAACAAUCUGAACGAACAGGUCCUGCCGGGUAAUUUCUUCGGGAUGGAGACACUGCGUGCCUUGUAUCUGGGCGACAAUGACUUCGAGUACAUACCCAAGGAGGUGGGCCAGCUGAAGAAUCUGCAGAUUCUCGGACUGCGCGACAACGAUCUUCUGGAACUGCCCCGUGAGGUUGGCGACUUGGUGCGACUGCGGGAGCUACACAUUCAAAACAAUAGGCUGCAGGUGCUGCCCCCGGAGAUCGCGCAGCUGGACCUCCUGAGCAACAAGUCGGUCAUGAAGAUGGAGGAGAAUCCCUGGGUCAAUCCCAUCGCCGAGCAAUAUCUGCUAGGCAUUAGCCACGUAAUCGACUACCUCAAAACGGAGACCUAUAAAAUCAUCUACAACCGCCACUUACAGGCAGGACGCAGUGGACCGCCGCCACCAAAAGCUGACAAGAGCAAGAAGGCUUCUCGAAUUCGCGCAUAGUGCAUCUCCGCCAGAAGAUCCCAUGGAAUUACAUAUGUGUUCUCGUUUGUUGUUAACCAAACCCGUUUUUGUAUACUAAUUUAUAAGUAUCUGUAAACUAAUGCGUAUUUUUGCAAUGUGCCUUGACCCUUAGUUUCACUAAUGAAAAUAAAAAAAAACGAUAAAUAUA